AUGGAUCAGAGCGGAGAGGGAAAUGUGCUUAGCAUUCCAGUGCCCAUUCGCCGAGGUGGUUCAGAUACCAACUUGAAUCUGGAUCAAUCAAGUGACGUGACACUAGACUUCCACCGGAACCUGGGUAACCUGGAGCAGAAGAUCCUGAAGGUGACAGAGCAACUAAAGAUCGAGCAGAUGGAGCGCGACGAGAAUGUGGCUGAGUACCUUAAGUUGGUCAAUAGCGCCGACAAACAGCAAGCGGCACGCAUCAGACAAGUGUUUGAAAAGAAGAACCAGAAGGCAGCCCACAGCAUUGCCCUCCUGCAGAAGAAGCUGGAGCAGUAUCACCGCCGAAUAAAGGAGAACGAGGGUAACAGCCCUGCCAAACACACCUCUCCGAAGGAUGUGUUUAAGGAAGUCUCCAGGGAAACUCCAAGGGAGCCAUUCAAGGAUUCGCCCAAGGACAACCUGAAGGACGUGAGCGGCAGUGGACGGCACCCGUGUCUGGAUAAGAUCAAAACCAUUGGACCAGGCGUGUCGCUCUCGCCACCCUUCUUUUUCAGCAAGUCUAAGGAGUUUGCCAACCUUAUCCGCAACAAGUUUGGAAGUGCUGACAACAUUGCCCACCUCAAGAACACGCUAGAAGCCCCUUCCGCUUUCCACCAGGAGCGGUUGGGCGGCAGUGCCACCAUUGUGGCAAAGCCGAAAUAUCCCAGCGAUGACGAGUGUUCAUCAGGAACCUCUUUGUCGGCAGACAGCAAUGGGAACCCUCCCGCGUCACAUGACUGUCAGAGCAGGACGACAGGGCUGGCAAUGGAAGAGAUCCAGGAGAUCAGGGAGGCUCAGGCCCACCUGGAGGGGGCUAUAGAAGCACUAAAGGAGCAGUUUAAAGCAGAGUACAGUUUUCACACCCAGGCACUACAGGAGGAGAAAUACAGGUAUGAAAGACUAGAGGACCAGCUGAAUGACCUGACAGAGUUACACCAGCAUGAGAUGGCUAAUCUGAAGCAGGAGCUAGCCAGCAUAGAGGAGAAGGUGGCUUACCAGGCUAAUGAACGAGCCAGAGAUAUCCAGGAGGCACUGGAGUCAUGUCAGACACGCAUCUCUAAACUGGAGUUGCAACAGCAGCAGCAACAGACGGUCCAGGGCGAAAACACUGAAGCUAGAGUGCUGCUGGGUAAAUGCAUCAACAUCAUCCUGGCCAUUGCCACAGUGAUCCUCGUUUGUGUCUCCACGGCGGCCAAAUUUGCUACACCACUCCUCCGUAGCCGUCUGCAUGUCUUGGGCACAUCCAUAACUGUGCUUCUGCUUGCCCUUUUAUGGAAAAACUGGGAACAUCUGCAGAACGCCGUGGAGCGCCUACUAGUGCCUGGUUGA